CCACUGGUGCGUAGGCCUCGCCAGCCUUUUAUUCAGCUUUGGUUAAACAUAAAGCCCUUAGUCAGGCAGGUAAUGGCAGUAGCAGACAGGCUGUCAUAAAGCUCAGUAAAUACUAGGAGGAUUUACUCCGAGACUAUUUGAUCAGGAAAUAGCUUGAGCUCUCAUUGUCAGGACUAGACAAUCGGUGCGUAACUCAGGCCCUGCCAGGGUACAAGGGUCACCAGCCUUCUGGAUCCUUGUUUGCCCUUCUCUGCUAGUGAAGACAAUGGGUGGAGUCCUACAAAUGACCAAUAAACGUCUGAUGAGAUCUUCACCCUCACCAGUCAUGGGAAUGCCAAAGAAAACCUAAUGUUUCAUCCCUCACAUUGGCAAAAUGUAAAAGAUAUAACAUCCAGUGCUGGCCAGCACAUAAAGAAAUGUAGAUUUUCAAAUAUUGUUGUUGAACAUCUGAAUCUCAACUACUUUUUAGAGAGGAAUUUGAUAAUAUAUAGACAUCUUAAUGUUCAUAUUCUUUGACCCAGAAAUCCAAUUAAACUUUAAAAAUAUCUGAAAAUACAGCUUUCCGUGUCUCUCUCCUCCACCACCCCUCCACCUCCCUCAGAGUCGCGCCCACAGAAGCCAGGGCCUCGACCAGGGAGUGGCUGUGGAGCUGCCGCGGCCUCGUCAGGCCCCCUCUGUGCUUCCAGGAUAUCGGGGCCAAGGACAUCAGCAGAGCCACCUGCUUCGAGUUCCUGAGCUGCUGACAACCUGCAGGACGCCGAUGGCCUCUGGCAGACGCUGCUGGGCCCUGGCCACUCUGCUGGCAAUUGUGGACAUCGAGCUUGGCGGAUGCAUGCGCCUCUUCAGCUCAGCGUCCCAGCAAGGAAAGCGACUAAGCUUAAUCUGCACCUUGCGGCACACGAACGAAGAGGCUGAGGGGGCCACCGUGUUCCUGUGCAAGGACCGGCCUUCGGACUGUUCCCCCGAGACCAGCUUGGAGCACCUGAGACUGAGACGCUUGCCUGAGAUGGAUGGUGUCAGUCAAAGAUCGUCUCAGUUGGUGUUCACCAUAACCGAAGCCACACCAUUGGCCAAUGGGACCUACCAGUGUUGUGCCAAAAGCCAGACGCCAGAAAUCCUCCUUCAAGGUCAUUUUCUCUCCGUUUCAGUCACAGAGACAGGGAACUACACAGUGACGGGAGGGAAACUAACAGGACAGCAGGAGUCCAGCCAUGGUAACGGCCCUCUCCACAGUGAAGGCCCCCUCAGUCCAAGCGUCCUGCGAGAGGUUUGGGUGAUCCUGGCCACCGGCCUGAUGGUCCUUCAAGCUCUGUAAGAGCUUCCUGCCAGAAGAAAUCUUUUUAAAAAUCACAGCAAGAUAAAUAUGUUUACCUUGGUAUCUUUCACAUUACAACAUGGGCACAGGGGAACAUGCCAAGAAUCUGGGGAAUAUAAAAUGGGACAAAUGAGUGGAUCCUUUGACCUCCCCUACUUACUUCCAGAGCAAGCCUGCCUUCUUCCCACCUCGGUCACAGUGAGGGGAAGAGCAGCUCUCACCGUGGCUGGGGCAGUGCCCACUCAGACAUGGGAUAAGUCCAUGUGUUUGUAUGUCCCCCGAAGAACUUUUCCUCGGUCCCUCCCCUCCCCACCCCCGCCCCCAAACACAGUAAAAGAAGCAAGUCAAACCAAGUGAGAACACCAAUUUUUGGGAGAGAAAUUGUUAUUUACCACUAAAGGGAAGAAAGAAGAAAGAAGCAAAAGAGAGGUAGGAGAGGAGAGAAAGAGACCCAGACCCAGUGUCUCGACUCUGCAUGAACACAGAGAAAAUGAAGAGAGCACCUGGUGGUCGACAGGAAUCCACACAGCACCGAUGGAGGAAGAUUUGUGCAGACCAGAUGCACCACGGAUCACAACUGUCUACCUUCAGCGAAGUACUUACCAACAUCUUCGGUCAUUUCUCUUUUUAUAUAAAUGCCCAAAGCAGUAUUUGCAUCCUUUUUCUCCUAAAUUCACAAACCCUCUUUCUCUUUAAACAGAUGACCUCUUGUCAUAGUUAAGCAAGGAGGUGGGAGGCGGGGGGAGGGGAGGGAGGAUAUGCCUGACAGGAAGAACACAAUUUCACUGGAACUAAAUGGUAAACUAUCGAAAGGGAACACCUUACCUGCAAUCGUUGGCCAGGAUCUGCCCAGCGUGGGAGCUAAGGCUUGUGGGAACAGAGAGAAGGCUGAAAGAGACGGGUUAGACCCUUAUUAGUGAUGGUCUUGAACCUCAAACUCAAAGGAUUUUGGAUUUUGUUUUGUAAGGUAAAAAAAACUAGGCAUGGAGUCAAAAGACCGGCUCUGCAACAUACCAGCUGUGUGUACUUGGGCAAGUGAAGUUCUGAAAUGUAUCUUUCCAAUAAGUCAAUACUGUGUUUCAACUGGAUGAGGAUUCUGGUGUGACUAAUAAAGACAAAUUGAUUUAAAAGUAUUACUGAAAUCUUAGAAGCUUUUUGUGAUGUAUUUAUUCGCUAAGAUAUUGAAGACACAACUAUCAUCUCGUUGGGAAGGAAUCUAGUACCUUUUGGACCUUAAAAAAUAGUACAUUUUAUUAGAAAAUGUGAAGAUUACCACAAGCCUGCAUUCCGUAAUUCACAGGUAGAAGUAUCCUAGCUGAGAGAGGAAAGGCAACAUGUGGAAUCCACUUCCAUGGACCCCUUCUAAGUGUCAUCAGCAAGACGAAGUUCUCAUGUAUAAGAUCGUAGAGUUGGAUGCAUGUAAUUCCACUGUCCAGCAGGUAUGAGAUGAAAACCUCAAUGUCCUUUGGAUAAGAAAAGGGCUCUACUUUGGCCCUGAGAAACCUCUCCAGGGGUACACAAUGCAUUCUACCAGUUCUGGUUUAAACCCCUGAGCGGCCUGUGGGGCCCAGCCGGAGUGCUGAGACUCAGACAUUACUACAAGCUACAUUUCCUCCCACAGGACAGCCACCUAGAAUUUUAACCCAUCAAGCCUUCCCCCCAACUCCCUGCACCAGAACUCACCCAAGAUUCAUUUUGGAAACUUAUAGGAAGAGAACUCUGUCCUGCCGGUCCCCCCAACUCCCAAAUCUCCGCUGAUUUAUUCUUGUAAACACCACUCUGGUCUUCCCACCUCCCCAUCAGCGGUCAACCAGGGUUUCCCCCCAGCAUCGUCUGUUACCACCCUCCUCCUUUUCCUCCUAAAACCUGUUGUCUUCACAGAUGUCAGUGGCGUGCCUAGAUCAGCUCUAACAACCAACUCUGAAGUGCCCUUCACCUCCAAAACCCCAGACGCUGCUGUGUUAUUGUUUGUAACAGACACAGACUCAUUCCCCC